AUGACCUCAGAGGCGGAUAAGUACGAGGUGCUGGAGAAGAUCGGCCAUGGAUCCUUUGGAGUGAUCCGCAAGGUUCGGAGAAGGGUCGACGGCCUCGUCAUGUGCCGCAAGGAAAUCAGCUAUCUCAAGAUGUCGCAAAAGGAGCGCGAGCAGCUCCACGCCGAGUUCCAGAUCCUGUCUACCCUCCGCCAUCAGAACAUCGUCGGCUACUACCAUCGCGAGCACCUCAAAUCAUCGCAAGACCUCCACCUCUACAUGGAGUACUGCGGCAACGGCGACCUGGGUCGCGUCAUCAGAGACCUCGCAGUCAAGGGCCAGCGCGCCCAAGAGUCAUUCGUGUGGAGCAUCUUCUCGCAGCUGGUUACUGCCCUCUACCGCAACGUGCUCGGCCUCUUCAGCACCGCUUCCAAGCCCAAGCCGCCGCCCGGCACCAUGACCAUCCUGCAUCGCGACCUCAAGCCCGAGAACGUCUUCCUGGGCGAGGACAACUCGGUCAAGCUUGGCGACUUUGGCCUGUCCAAGAUGAUCCAGUCUCACGACUUCGCCUCCACCUACGUCGGCACGCCCUUUUACAUGUCGCCCGAGAUCUGCGCCGCCGAGAAAUACACCCUCAAGUCCGACAUCUGGUCUCUGGGAUGCAUCAUCUAUGAGCUCUGCGCUCGCGAGCCGCCCUUCAACGCCAAGUCGCACUUCCAGCUCGUCCAGAAGAUCAAGGAGGGCAAGGUGUCGCCUCUGCCCAGUUGCUAUUCGAGCGAGCUGAUGGGCACCAUCAAGGACUGUCUGAGGGUCAACCCCGACCACCGCCCAGACACCGCCCAGCUUCUCAACCUUCCCGUCGUCCGGCUGAUGCGAAAGGAGAGGGAGGUUGUCGAGCUCAACAAGGUCGUCAAGACCAAGGAGGAGUCUCUGGCGCGUCGCACCAAGGAGCUUGAGGACAAGAUGGCCGCCUUCGAGGCCGAUAAGGCCUCUGUCCGACAAGAAGUCGACAGCUCACUACGGAGGGAAUGGGAGGUCAAGGCCCGUCUCGAGAUCGACCGACAAAUCAACACGGAAAUCGAGGCCCUUCGUAAGAGGUUUGAGAGCGAGGUGCAGGCUCGCGUCGAGGCGGAGCUGCAAAAGAGGGCCGUCGAAUCCGCCCAGGCACAAGACCUCGGCAGCUCCCUGACAAAGUCCGAGUACCCGCGGUCGUCAGUUGGCAACGGCAGCGGCGAUGAGGAGCUCUCGACCUCGACUGACCUCACCGACGUCUCUACCGACAGUCCCCUCACGAACAAGAAGGCCACCCGCACGCCCUUUGGUCGAGCCCAGACCAUGUUCGUCGGCGGCAUGGGCACUCCCAUGGACAUUGAGAUGGCGUCUCCUUCGCCCAUCAACAUUGCUUCUCUAUCGCUGUCUCCUCGACGCACCGCCGCCACCAGAGUACCGAACCUUAACAGCGGAAACAUCUUCUCUGAAAACACGGGCGGCGCGUCGAGCGAUCCCAUGUGGGACCUCCGCGAUAACAUCAGCCUCGACUCGGACGACGAGGACGUUGUCCCCUCGCCGACGCGCAACAUCAAGUCGAGGCAGAACCCCUUCACCUCCAAGGAUCGCCCGGUCCUGUCCUCUCAGAAGUCGGUUCCCGUGGCCCGAGUCAAGCCUCAGUUCUCGGCGACCGGCCUGAACCAGAACAAGACGUUGCCUACUCUGCCCAGCGUGGCUUCCAACCCCGACUUGGGCCGUGGUCUCCGCGAGCGGAACCAGUCUCCCCACCGCCGAUUGACUAAGAUUCCUUCGGCGGCCAACUUGACUAGCACGAGCGGCAGCGAAUCGCCCGGCAGUCUUUCCCGCAAGAACUCGGCCAAGAAGGAUCAAGAGCCCCUUGGCAAGCUCGCGGCCAAGAACAACAUCAAGGGCAGAACGCUGGUCGAGCUCCAGCAGGCGCGGGCGGGCGGCCGUCCGCUUUCGGCGGUCGUGUCUGGCGGCGAGAACGUCAGCCCCAAGAGGGCGUUCAAGGACCGCAUCGCGGAGCGUCGGGCCAGUGGCGGCGAGCCCGUCGCGGUGUGGGAUCCCGAGCGGGACGAGAUGCCCAGUCCGUUCCUGGUGCGACGCAAGCCCAUGGCCAGAGUCUAA